UUCCACAUCCGGGCAAUCACAGUGACAAGAGAAGAGUGGAAUCCGGGCGUCAGUAGAACAAGAAAAAAAAAAAAAGACGGUAACGGUGAACGCUGAAAGAGUGCUAUCUAAAUACGGUAACGGUAUCCACUUUGUCCUGGAAUAGAGUACCCUCUGUAAGCUGGACGCCGGAGAAACUAGAUGUAACUUUUUCUGGAACACCAAAUGUGACACGUUGCCAAGACAAACAGAUUUUUGUGACCAUCAGCGACAUUCAGUGGCUGACCUGUGUGGAGGUCCCCUUGUUGGAGGUUGCUCACGUAUAUGCUUUUUCAUGAAGAGGGGGGAGAAACCCGAAGGAUACAGACAGAUGAGGCCGAAAACCUUCCCUGCAAGCAACUACACUGGCAACAGUCGGCAAAUGUUGCAGGAGAUCCGGGAGAGUCUGCGCAACCUGUCUAGGCCAUCAGAUUCUGCCAAAACGGAGCAGGGCUCUGGUAAAGGAGUGACUGAGGACCCCAGGCAGCAGGGCCGAAACAGCAACCCCAAGUUUGUCACCUACCACAAAGCCCUUCAGGAGAUCCGCAAUUCACUCCUUCCCUUUGCAAACGAGCCCAGCUCCUCUGGAAGAGGAGGCUCAGAAGUCAAUAGACAGAUGCUACAGGAUUUGCAAGCGGCUGGGUUUGAGGAAGAGAUGGUCAUUCGCGCUCUGAAACAAACCAAUUGUCGAAGUUUGGAGGCAGCCAUUGAGUAUAUCAGUAAAAUGAGCUACCAGGACCCUUGGAGGGAGCAGAUGGUGGCUGCUGCUGUAAGGCCAGUCAAUGCAGGGAUGAAAGCGCCAGGUUCAGGCCAUGUCCAGCAGCCGAUCAACCGCAAGCAGAGCUGGAAGGGUUCGAAGGAGUCUUUGGUUCAGAGACACGGGCCUCCACUAGUGGAGGGGGUGAUGUACCGCUCUGAUAGCCCUGGCUCACCGUCUGAAAUGGGUGUGCGGCCCCUGUCAGGCUCAGGACUGACAGCUUUCUCCCAGGUUCACCAGGGAAAUGGGCAGCGUGUCAACCCUCCCCCGCCUCCACAAGUGCGGAGCAUCACACCUCCUCCUCCUCCACCGAGGGGCACCACACCACCCCCAACUUCCUGGGACACCAACCCCUCGACCAAGCGCUUUUCAGGCAACAUGGAGUUCCUGGUGCCUCGCGUCUCUCCAGGCCCCCAGGGUGCCUGGUCGGAGGGUUACUCAGCUCACCCUCCACCGGGUCAGCGAGGCAUCAGCUCUGUGCCCUUGGGCCGGCAGCCUAUCAUCAUGCAGAGCUCUGGGGGGACCAAGUUUAGCUUCCCACCUGGCUGGUCUCAGAAUGGGACAGGGCCGCCAGACUUCCUAGGCCCCCCACCACCUUACCCUAUGUCCCAGGGGAACCGACAAAGCCCCCCUGCCUCGCAGAUGCAGGCUGGAGGACCAGUCUCCUCCCCCACCUAUGCCAAUGGUAGCAACCUCCCCCAGUCAAUGAUGGUGUCCAACAGGAACAGUCACAACCUGGACCUUUACAAUAUCGCCAGUAUCCCCUCCUCUUGGCCCCAGCCUCUACCCCCCAGCCAGCCUCAAUCCUCCCCAUGUAACAGCGGGCACGCUACCUCCUGGCAACACAAACUUCCCGUACGCUCCAACUCCUUUACAAACCCCCAACUGAGUGGCCGUCCGAUCCACCCAGCUAGCUCCCAACCUUCAGCCACCACUGUGACUGCCAUCACCCAAGCGCCCAUCCUUCAACCUGUCAAGAGCAUGCGGGUACAAAAGCCUGAGCUACAGACAGCCGUGGCACCCACUCACCCUCCCUGGAUGCAGCAGCCACCCCCACCAUCUGGCUCUCCUCCGUCCCUGGGGUCGUCUCCUGUGGUUGCCGAAGUCCCCAGUUACCAGGGCCCUCCACCGCCCUAUCCCAAACACCUCCUCCAGCAGCCUAAUCAGUCCUAUGACUCAUCUGCCAAGUCAGGCAGCAGCAAAGAGGACCAGGUUGGUGUAGCUGGAAGAAAGGAACAAGAGGAGGAGAGCAGCAGUGGGAGCAUUAACGAAAGGGCAGAGGUCACCGAAGGAGCAAUAGGGGUGUCUGCAGGAUCAGCAGACAAGGAGAAGAAGCAGAUCUCUACAUCGCCAGUGCCAGUCAGGAGAAACAAGAAGGAUGAGUCGCGCAUUCAGAUCUACUCCCCGCAAGCCUUCAAGUUCUUUAUGGAACAGCAUGUGGAGAACAUCCUAAAGAAUCACCAACAGAGGCUGCGACGCAAAAAGCAGCUUGAGAGCGAGAUGCAGCGGGUGGGUCUCUCAGAAGAUGCUCAAGAGCAGAUGCGAAUGAUGCUUUGCCAGAAGGAGUCUAAUUACAUCCGGCUAAAACGAGCUAAGAUGGACAAGUGCAUGUUUGUGAAGAUCAAGACCCUGGGCAUUGGGGCCUUUGGGGAGGUGUGCCUAGCCAAGAAGGUUGACACCAACGCCUUAUAUGCCAUGAAGACCCUGCGCAAGAAGGAUGUUUUGCUGAGGAACCAGGUGGCCCACGUGAAGGCUGAGCGGGACAUCUUGGCCGAGGCUGAUAACGAGUGGGUAGUGCGUCUCUACUACUCCUUCCAGGACAAGGACAACCUUUACUUUGUUAUGGACUACAUCCCCGGUGGGGACAUGAUGAGCCUGCUGAUUCGCAUGAGUAUCUUUCCUGAGGAUUUGGCCCAGUUCUACAUUGCUGAGCUCACCUGUGCUGUGGAGAGUGUGCACAAGAUGGGCUUCAUCCACCGUGACAUCAAGCCAGACAACAUUCUCAUCGACCGUGACGGGCACAUCAAGCUCACUGACUUUGGCCUCUGCACAGGCUUCCGCUGGACCCAUGACUCCAAGUACUACCAGAGCGGUGACCAUGUGCGACAGGAUAGUAUGGACUUCAGUAAAGAAUGGGAAGACUCAACAAACUGCCGAUGCGGGGACAGACUUAAACCUCUGGAGCGACGAGCAGCCCGACAGCACCAGCGAUGUCUAGCACACUCCUUAGUCGGGACACCAAACUACAUUGCACCAGAGGUCUUGUUGAGGACAGGCUACACCCAGCUGUGUGAUUGGUGGAGUGUUGGUGUCAUUCUUUAUGAAAUGUUAGUGGGACAGCCCCCAUUCCUGGCAUCAGCUCCAUUGGAAACACAACUAAAGGUGAUCAACUGGCAGACAAGCCUUCACAUCCCUCCUCAGGCCAAGCUGAGCCCAGAGGCAUCAGACUUGAUAAUCAAACUGUGCCGGGGACCUGAGGACCGUCUGGGAAAGAAUGGGGCCGAUGAAAUCAAAGUCCAACCCUUCUUCAAGACCAUUGACUUCUCAACCGACCUGCGUCAACAGGAGCAGCCUGCUCCCUACAUACCCAAGAUCACACACUCCACGGACACCUCCAACUUUGACCCUGUGGACCCAGACAAGCUGUGGAGCAGCGGUGAUGAUGGCGAGGGCAAUCUGAACGACACUCUAAACGGCUGGUACAAAAAGGGCAAGCACCCCGAACAUGCCUUCUACGAGUUCACCUUUCGACGGUUUUUUGAUGACAAUGGACACCCCUACAGUUAUCCCAAACCCAUAGAGUAUGACGGCUAUGACCCAGAGGACCCGGACUCGGCGCAAUAUGGGAGGGAGGAUGGAUCCAGCCAGGCAAGACAUGCUGGACAGAGUCGGGAUUUAGUAUAUGUGUAGAUUAAGUGAAAGCUACCCUACACAAACACGCCCCACUGCCAGCUCCUGUGUCUGCUGGCAAAGAAGGAGAGUGAAAAUUCCAUUGUUUUUUGUAUUUAUUUUUUUAUAGGACUGUAGGGAGGUUGCAACACCUGAUGAAGCAUUACACGGUCUGGCUGUAGGGAGCCUAGACUGGGAUGUCGGAAACUGAUUGAAGCAUUAUAGAGAAGGCCAUGUGAACUGGCUUCUGCAGGUGUCGUAGCUGUAUAUCUAGGGGAGCGGAGGGGGGGAGGCAUUUGUUAAGGUUAUCGAAUUUGCUGUUGCAAAGAUGUUCUAAUAGUUUAAAGGCAACUAAUGCAAAUAUAUAUAUGUAUAUAUUUAUCUGAAUCAUUGUUUUACGGAGUAGAACCCACAUUCAACCUUAAUUUAUUUAAAUAUUAUAAACUGGUGGUAAUGGAAGCAUAUUCAGGAUGAACAGUAAAGUAUUUAAAGUAUUUACUCCAUUUAAAAUCCAUUAUUCCCUUUGCAAAAUUACUUAAAUUAUAUUUACAUGUCAAUGUCUUAUGUGGAACUGACUCAGUUACACUGGAAGUCAGUGGGGUUAAUUUCCAAUGGAUUUUGUAAAUAUGCCAAGCCUUUGAAAGUAAAUGGACAUUACAGUGCCUUUCAGAUGGAAUUUCUGUUUGCUUUUACCAAAUAUAUGAAAAUGUGAAUCACCCUGGCAUGUUAAUUAAUUUUAUUUUUUUUUACUUUCCUUAGAUAAGAUUUAGGAGUCAUUACUAGCAGGUUUUUUUUUAAAUUUAUGCAUAUAAAUGUAUUUAUAAAUUAUGUUGUGUAAAGUUUAAUCUGAAUGUAAAUACCUUUCUCUUACCUAUCCUGUUGGUUUCAGUGACAAGCAAUGUUAGGGCAGGCCCUCUUUCUUUUCAUUUUCUCAAUGUAGCUUUUCAUUCUUGGUCACUCUAUAACACUAAUAAUAAUAAUUAAUAGAAUCAAUGUGUAUGGCUCUGAAUCUUGUUUCCUAGGAUUAAUGAGAAGAAAAAAAACAUCUUCCAUUAUGUCAUCAGUUUUGGGUGGGGAGGAAGUAUAGGUGGUUUGCAGUUUCCAGGGUUGUUUUGGCCACCCGUCUUAAUGUCAACCAUGGAAUGUGCCUUGUACAAUACAGACAAUGGUCUUUCAUUUACCAAAGUACUGCAAAAUACUAAAUACACCCUCCCCAUGUUGGAAAAGACAGAAUAGACACUUUUCUCUGGAGCUGGGAGCUGGGGCCUCUGACCUGUUUUCUGGUCAGUGGAAAAUGGACAUUAGCAGAUAAGGGCCAAAUGUACCUGCACCUAUUCCAACCAAAACUCUCCCCCUAAGGCUUGCUUAUGUGGGAGUUCAAGCUAAGCUAAACACUACAUUUCAUAGGACUGAAUUAAUCAUUUUUUUAAUUUGGUUUAAUGCUUUCAAUAUUUCUGUCGAUCUGAAUGUAGAACUGGAGUCUGAUCAAUGAACUUCCUACUGUGUGUUUUGUUUUUAGAGUAAUCAAGUUUUAGUGUAACAUUUCUGAUGGGGAGGGGGGAAUAAAAAACCUAAAGGACAA